CCAGGAUGCUUUGGGGGAGGAAGCCAUGACUAUUUAAAGUGGUAUCAUAGUGCUUUAAAUGUGUGGUGUAAAUGUGGCCCAAGCCGAGCGUCCUGCUUUCAUGGUGGCCAAUCAGAUGCCUAUGAGAGUCAUGUGGGCGGGACAUGAGCAACUCUCCCACACAUGAAUCCCAGUGCUGGAGGAAUUGCAUCUAGCCAUAUGGGUUUCCUACGGACAGCCAUUCAGCAGUAAAACGUGGAUAUUCCUGGGUUAAAGCGCCAGGACAACAACAACAACAAACCAGGACACGGAUCUAGAAAGUCCGGACUUGUGCCUAGAAAGUGCAAAGCAAAUGUCAUAAAAUGCCUUGCGAUACCUGCGUGCCCUGGACAGCCUGUCAAGGACUUCCACGAGCCCUCUUCCAGUUUCGCCAGGUCAAGGUCCCUAGAAACUUGCCAAAGAACUUCUCGGACCUCAGGUCUUCUGCCACCAUGUGGCUUUGGGCUCUCCUUCCUGUGCUCCUAGCUGUAGGAGGUAUUGUCGGCUUCUGGGUUGUGUAUGCCAUGGCUGUUGCAAAUGGAUCUGUAAACAUCACAGAAGCUUUUCCAUAUAUCAGCACAUGUGGCUCCUCCCCACCCCAGAGCUGUGUCUUUGGUCAAGUUCUUAAUCUAGGAGCUUUUCUAGGCGCGGUGAUCUGCUUUCUGAAAUACCAGCAGGUGCGGGAUUAUGGCUGUCACUCCCGUUUAAAUCUAGUUGGGCUCAUUUUCGGCCUACUCUGUGCCCUCGGGUCGUCUAUUGUGGGCAAUUUCCAGGAAAAAAACCAGAUAGAAACCCAUUUAGUUGGGGCCUUCUUGGCUUUUGUGGUGGGCAUCCUUUAUUUCUGGGUCCAAACAUUCCUGACCCACCGAGUGAAGCCGAGGCACGGAGGAUGGUGGAUUGGGCCCCUCAGAUUCUCCCUCAGCUUCUGUGGUUCUGCCUUUCUCAUUGCCACGAUUGUGCUCUUUUUCCUGAAGCUGCAUUCUGAGUCGGCCUACUGCGAAUGGGCCCUGGCCAUGGUCCUCUUCCUUCUCUUUGGGCUCUUUGCAGUGGAUUUCUGGCACAUGGGGACCUGCACAGUUCACGUCUAUCACCAGCGGGCAGACCAAGCAGCUCAAGACAUGCAGACGUCAACGCAGACUCUCCCUCUCUGAUACCUCCUAUGGACAUGGGGGGAAGAAGGGGUCUCUGCGAAACUUUCCACACAGUUGGAAUCCUUUUCCAGUGGACCGGAUCAUGCCCCGCCAUGUCCUCUGAUGGCGAGUGAAGUAGUUCCCAGCUUUUCUGCUGGGGUGAGGGACUCCCUUGUGGGACGGCCUACAGUCGGGGUUUUUUGGCCAUUUUGGAGAGUCUCCCUGACUUGUCACUCAUCUCAGACAAAUCUCCUCCUCGGUGCUCUUCAUAACAUUUAGCCACCGCCUUCUGCUGUGUAGGGACAGCUCUUCGCCUCCCCUCGCAAAAGGACCCACCAACCAUCUCCUCUGCAAACCAGUAUUUUAAAAGUGUCUUGUUUUAUUUUCUGUUAGCAUCCUCCCACUGGUGGCUGCAAAAUCCCCGCCACUGCCAGUUCUUCAUCUUACCCAUCUCCACACCGCUGUGUGUGAAAACCAUAGUGAGCUGGAAGGGUCCUAGGCCCAUCUUUGUGUGACGCACACAUCAGCACCCGCCAUUGGCUGAUGUGCCCGGGCCUUGCUUUCUCUGUCGCAUGGAUGGGCCUAGUAACUCUUUGCAGCACAGAUGGCUGUGAGGAGCCAUUCUCUCCUAUGCUUCCCUCCACAGUAAUAUAUGGGAGGGGAAGACAGCAAGACC